UAACUGUAGUUGGCUCACCUGGAAGACGCACUGAAAUCCGUAGAAGCCGCAGAAUAACGCGAUAAAUAUCCAGAAGACCGCAUUGAUCAGUCGCAUUUCAAAUAUGGCACAAUCUUCAGUUUCGCGCAUUGUCGAUUAUCCAGACGACCCUAUCGAGCUGCUCAAGCAGCUAUUAGAAGCCGCUGCCAAGCAACAGCCAGAUUCGUUGCAAUACAUGAAUCUGGCCACCAUCGAUGAUGAGUUCGGUGUGCUCAACCGUACUGUGCUCUAUCGCGGACUCAGCAAUGAUAAAUGCAUUAUGUACGUAACACAGCGCUUUACGCGCAACUAUAAGAAUAUCAAUGCGAAUACCAAGUGCGGCAUUACCAUACUGUUGCCCCAAUUGGUGCUGUCUACGCCGGAUACCAAGCCGCACACCUGGCAAGUGCGUCUCAUUGGCGCCACCGCUGUGGAGCUGCCCGAUGCCGAGCUGGAUGCGUUGUGGUCCAAAGAGCCGCUCUCGGCGCAAAUACGUGACACCAUCUUUCCCUGUGGACAGCCCGUGGACUAUGAUGAACUCAAGGCUAAGCAUGAUCAGUUUCUCAAAGAUCAUCUAGAGCAGGGCCACUCGCUGCAGCGUCCUUCUACCUUCACCGCCUUUAAAUUCGUGGCCCAGCGCUAUGAUUUUCUCAAGGUGGGCGUGGAUCAGAUUGCGGAUCGUGUGCAAUAUCGCCGCCAGGAGAAUGGCCAAUGGGAGGCCAUGCAUGUUUCGACCUAAAUCCGGAUUUUGUGUUGAACAAUUGCACCGUUUUUUUUUUUUACUCAUUUUUAUUUUUAUUCAACUAGCAUUUGCAAAAGCAAAACAAUCGUUAUCAACAAAUACAAACAAAAUUGCAGUUAUACAGCAGCUAAAUGUAACACUAA